AUCAGUGAUAAAUCCGUUAUGGACGUGGCCAAAAUGCAAGCCACUUCCGGUCAGCAUCUGCUGCAUCCGGCCGCACCGCCCGCCCACCAACACCACCUGCCCCUCGACUACAGCCUGGGCAACUUUAAGCCAGCCAUCGCGUCGGACUUUCCCGGACCCUUCCUCACCAGCCAGCAAUCCUCGUCGGCCUCCAAUUCCGCCUCCUCCUCCGCCGCCGCCUCCGUUCCGCUGCAAGUGCGCGAUCUCAGCGCGCUGACGGCCAUGGCCACGAUACCCUCGCCCACCCAGCUGCUCCACCAGCGCAUCCAGAUGUCCGCGGACGCGGCCUUGGGCCACCAUCAGCAGCAGCCGGCACAGAAUCCCAAUCCCAAUCCGAAUCACCCGCAGCCACAGAUGCCGCCGGCCUCCACGUCGCCGCACGAGUACGCGCCCAUGUCCGCCUUCAAAGCGGUGCUGCCCAAGAAGCGAAACUCCGACGAUGCCUCGCUAGCAUUUAGCAUAAGCAGACUGGUCAAGACUGAACAACUGACGGCGAUGGCGGCGGCCGUUGGCCUUAAGCCGCCGACUCCUCUGGAGGACAACAACAACUCAAUCUCGAUGCUGAGCAAAAACCAGCAGAUGCACCAGCAGCACCACCAACAGUCGCAUCUUGCCCAGCGCCCCAAGCCAGCCUUCAUCAGCGCCAGCGAAAAGCUGCGCCGUCAAUCGCGAUCCCGCUCCAGGUCAAGAUCCCGAAGUCCCUGCUCCUCGCAAAUCGACAUGGAGGACGCGGAUUCGAACCACUCGCACCGUUCUCUGCACUCCCGCUCGAGAUCGCGAUCCCGUUCCCGCUCCCAUUCCCGCUCCCGCUCGCACUCGAGCAGCUCGUCCGUGGAACUGGAGGUGGACUCGCCGCCCGGCAGUCCGCGCAUCAGCUCGCCCAGCGGCGCCUCAGCUUCCGCCUCCGAGCUCCUGAUCACCGCCAAUGGCGGCGGUCGCAGCAUAGGAUCCAAGAAGUCGGAUCUCUUCUCCGUUUCUGCGCUGCUCCGGCGAGACGAACCGCCUCCACAGCGACGGACGCCACGCAGUCCGCCACUGGGUCAUCUGACAUCCAGCGGUCUGGCCAUGCCAUUCAAUCCGCUGGAGGCGAUGCGCCAGGGUUAUCCGCCCAACUACGACGCGGCCAUGUUCCAGCGACCGCUCUUCUCGCCCGCCCUGCCCUUCUUCGCCGCCGUCGCCUUCCACCAAGGUCAGCAGCAGCAGCAGCAACAGCAACAACAGCAAUCCGGCCUGGGAGCAGGCUACCAUCCGGAUUCGCAGGAAAAUCUCUUCCGUCUGCGCAGUCUGAUGGUGCCGCUCCAGUCCGCCGGACAGAACAAUUCCUCGGCGGCAGCGGCGGCGGCAGCAGCUGCGGCGGCUGCCGUCGGCGUGGGCGUUGGCGUCGGUGUGGGCGUGCCACCCAAUGGCGGGCAUCUGGGCCUGCCCCACUCGCCACACCUGCACCACUUCCAUCACAUGGCCGCCAAGUGGCCGGGCCUGCACCAAUUCAGCGACCUGUACUCGUGCAUGAAGUGCGAGAAGAUGUUCUCCACGCCACACGGCCUCGAGGUCCACUCCCGCCGGACGCACCACGGCAAGAAGCCCUACGCCUGCGAGCUCUGCAACAAGACCUUCGGGCACGAGGUCAGCCUCAGCCAGCACAGGGCGGUGCACAACGUGGAGAAAGUGUUCGAGUGCAAGCAGUGCGGCAAGCGCUUCAAGCGCUCCAGCACCCUGUCCACCCACCUGCUCAUCCACAGCGACACGCGGCCUUAUCCCUGCAACUACUGCGGCAAGCGGUUCCACCAGAAGAGCGACAUGAAGAAGCACACGUACAUCCACACAGGCGAGAAACCACACAAGUGCCAGGUGUGCGGAAAGGCCUUCAGCCAGAGCUCCAACCUGAUCACGCACUCCCGCAAGCACACCGGCUACAAGCCCUUCUCCUGCAAGCUCUGCCACAAGGCCUUCCAGCGGAAGGUGGACCUGCGCCGGCACAAGGAGACACAGCACACGGACCUGCGUGUCCACCUGGGCAAGGUGGACUUCAUGUCGGCGGCGGCGGCAGCGGCAGCCUCUGCGGAACUGAGUGCAGCAGCAGCGGCGGCGGCGGCGGGGGGAUCCGUUCCGGGCGGAGGGCCACCGGGCAGCCAGGGAGCCAGUGCGGUUGGCUCCGCUCCAAAUGGGGCUCCUCCGAUGGGGGGACUCAACUGCCAGAAGGUAUCGCUGCUGGCAUAACCGGGCGGAGGGGCAAACCGAAAUCCAAAUCCAAAUCAACCGCAACCAUUGUGCAAUAGACGGAAGUGAAAGGCUUCGCUGGGCAUUUUCUCAACCGCUUGAAACCGAACUCCAAAGAGAACAGAUUAAAACAAUUUAAAUAAUUUUAAGCCAGCCAGUUAAAGAACUAUUUCCAAUGUUGCCAAAAACUAAAAAUAGCAAAGAGUUGACAAAAAAUCGAAACCAAUUAAAGCCAGCACUAUAGUCAGUCUCAAGUUAUCAUUAAAGCGUAAUCACAUUGCCAUCUUACGAACAUACCAAAGUAAUCCAGAGCAAAGGACUCUCCAUGUUUUCCCCUAUGUGUAUGUCAGUUUGUAUUGCUGUGACCCGGGCG